GGGUGUUUAGACGCUCCAAUGGAGUCCAAAGAAGAGCCCUGCCUGGUACUCUGUAGUUGAUUGAGAUUGAAAGGAGGGAACGAUGAACAGCCAAAGCGGAAAACCCAAAAUCGGCAGAAUCAGGCGGAGUGUCUUAGGCGCACGGGAUUCGUCGCCACUGCCGCUGACAAAGCAUCCAUUGAUUUCAUUUGAUUCCGUCUUCCUUCUAUCAAUGUCUUUUUGCCAUCUUUUCGCUGCGACACUUUGAAUCCCAUCCAACCUUGUCAUCUUUUCUUUUCCUUGAAUACAAACUCAGCUAAUACCUAAGGAUUCCGUCUAUCUCUUUUAGUCGACUCCCGAACAGUUCUUAUCGCCCUCCCAUAGCAACGAACCCUUCGGCGGGGACUCCGCAGCAUCUGCAACCAUGAGUGCAAUCCUAUCGGCAGAUGACUUAAAUGAUUUCAUUUCUCCCGGUGUCGCAUGCAUCAAACCGGUCGAAACCCUGCCAGAGAAAGAGCCUUCAACUGCAGAGAACCCCUAUGAAGUAACCAAGGAAGACAAAGUGCAACCUGAAAAUCUCCCGCCGGCGCAGAUUUCCUUGACGGACUGCCUUGCAUGCUCAGGAUGCGUUACCUCUGCCGAGGCAGUAUUGAUCUCAAUGCAAUCGCAUGCGGAAGUUCUCAACACACUUGAUGCACACCCAGAAGUAUCAUUUGGUCGAAACCAGAAUGGGGCAUCUCAAGGGGGCGGUCAAACAGAUGAAGACGAGGGCCGGAUAUUUGUUGCCAGUGUCAGUCCUCAGGUACGGGCAAGCUUGGCCGCGACAUACAAUAUCACGGAGCAAGAGGCAACACACAUGAUCGAUCAGUUCCUUCGUGGACCGCAAGGACUGAGGUCUGGUGGCAAACACGGCAGUGGCUUCACAUGGGUCGUCGAUAGCAAUACCCUGCGUGAGGCAGUCCUAGUCCUCACGGCAGAUGAGGUUGGCGAGUCUCUUUCGUCGAGCGACUCGUCAGGCGUGCCUGCCCCCAAAAAGCCAGUUCUGUCCUCAGCCUGUCCCGGUUGGAUUUGCUACGCCGAAAAAACCCAUCCAUUCAUCCUUCCUCAUUUGUCUCGGUUGAAAUCCCCGCAGGCAUUAUCUGGCACUUUCUUGAAGACAGUCUUGAGCAAGGCUCUUAACGUCCCAGCUUCACGUAUAUGGCACUUGGCCGUCAUGCCAUGCUUUGACAAAAAGCUUGAAGCCAGUCGAGAAGAACUCACUGAUGCUUCGUGGCAUACCACUGAGAGUCAGCCAUCUGCCGAAACCCGUGCUCCUGUUCGCGACGUUGAUUGUGUGAUCACUUCCCGCGAACUUCUCACUCUGGCUUCCUCGCGCGGCAUAUCCCUUCCUUCCUUACCAUUGCAGCCCUUGCCUUCUGCCUUUUCACCGCGAUUUCCGGAUGAAACCCUUGAUGCAUUCCUGUUUUCUAAACAAUCUUUGUCGAAACAAGCAAUGACUACCGGUACAUCUGGAGGGUAUUUGCAUCAUGUCCUACUGACCUUCCAAGCCAAGAACCCGGGAAGUGAGAUUGUAACUCAACGCGGACGCAAUGCGGAUGUUGUGGAAUAUAUACUCAUGUCACCCGGCGGUGAGCCUUUGAUGAAAGCCGCUCGCUAUUAUGGCUUUAGGAAUAUCCAAAAUCUUGUCCGGAAAUUGAAGCCUGCCCGCGUGUCAAGGCUUCCUGGCGCAAGAGCACCCACCACCUCUGCAGCCGGAAAUCGGCGACAGCCGAUGUCUCGGAAUGGAGCCUCGUCUGCAUCAGGCGGCGACUAUGCCUAUGUAGAGGUCAUGGCGUGUCCUGGAGGCUGUACCAACGGAGGUGGCCAAAUACGCAUCGAGGAUGCGCGAGAGGUCAACUCGACUGCCCAAACCGUGGUCUCAGAGGAGGCACCUAGCGUCUCGACAAAGCCAACGCCCCAUGAGCAGCGUUCGUGGCUGGCUCGCGUGGACGAAGCAUACUAUUCUGCAGACUCGGAUGCAGAGAGCGAGGCUGAAACCCAGGCACCAAUUACUAUCUCGGAAAACGAGACUCGGGUUCACCGGGCUUUGCGCUACUGGUCGGAUCUGACGGAGAUACCACUUGCUAAGCUGGUCUAUACCACCUAUCGCGAGGUGGAAAGUGACGUGGGCAAACCCGAGCAAGCGUCAAAUGAUACCACGCGGGUGGUGGAAUUAGCUGGAAAGAUCGGCGGUGGUUGGUAGUGUGACAACCAGUAUAUGUUGUGCACUCAGUAUUGUGAUGACAGUUUAUACCCCAUGGUGCACUUUGAUGUUUUACGAUUUUUGCAUUUGCAUCUUGCUGCAUUUUUACAGAUAGAGAUACGCGAUACCUGAAGUUAGAUACGAGGGUGGCGUAUUUGAUUUAUAGAUAUGAGGAAUCAACAAUGUCAG